AUGGCUACUGCUGAAACGGAUUAUUAUUGUCAUAAAUGCCAAGUACACAUAGGACCUGUGACGAAUUUUGAAUGUCCACAUUGUAAAGAAAGUUUUAUAGAAGAAGUUCCUCCUGAACAUCCAUUAUCUCAAUCUCAAACACGUCAGAAUAGAAGAACACAAUAUCACACUUCACUACCAAUGAGUAAUACAACAAUAUUUAUUGGUGGUGGUGGAAAUAAUCCAACACACAAUACAGCUCAUCUAAAUGAUAACACAGAUAUAGGAACAUUUUUUCAAACAGUUCUUGCACAACUUGCCGGUGGAUUAGUUGGUGGUGGUGCAUCACAAUCUCCAUUUUUCAUGCACAAUGGUGGUGGAGCAGGACUUCUUGAUACGAUAAAUCUCGAUGCAUUUCUUACUCAAUUUCUAAAUCAAAUGGGAGAAAAUGGUGGUCCAGCACCAGCAUCUGAAAAUCGUAUAAAUACUAUUCCAACAGUGAAAGUUACAGCUGAACAAGCACGUGAUAGUUUGCAGUGUGCUAUUUGUAUGGAUGACUUUAAAGAGAAUGAUGAAGCUAAACGUCUUCCUUGUUCACAUCAUUUUCACGAAGAUUGUAUAUCACGAUGGCUUCGAAUGCAUGGAACAUGUCCAACAUGUCGUGUAACAUUAGAUGGUGAUAAUACAAGUAAUCGUGAAUAUUAUAAUCUUUUCUCAAAUCAACAACAACAACAAUCACCUUCGUGGAAUAAUAAUAAUAAUAAUAAUCGUCGAAAUGAUGGAGAUAAUAAUGGAUCUAGUUCGGGUGCUGGAUCAACUUUACUUGAUUUUGAUUAA